UUUGUCAUCAAUUGCAUCAAGAUGGGAGCGAGUACCAAGACGGGAAAAUUUGCCGUCGGAUUUACGGCGUUUGCGUUCCUGUUGAUCGUGAUCGCAUUCUGUUCCCCCUACUGGCUCCAGACCGAUGGAAAGCUGUCCCAUCCGAAAUUCACCAAUCUCGGACUGUGGGAGCUAUGCUUGAACGAUUUCCAGGACAUCCAUCGGUUCUACAAUACACGCUUCACUGGCUGUAUGUGGAUAUUCGAGGAAGAGUACUACAUAUUGCAUGAUUACAUACUACCUGGGUUCUUCAUUGCGGUGCAGUUCUUUUUCACGCUCUGCUUUACCCUGUUGCUGAUGGGAGUCGUAAUGACCCUACUGUUUCUGGGCUGCUCGAGGGAUAAUGAUCGGUACAUUAUGCUGCUGCUGACCAACGGGACGACGAUGGUGGUUGGCGCCAUCUGCGGAUUUAUUGCGGUUGUUACGUUCGGGUGCUAUGGUGACAGUCGGGACUGGAUGCCAAACUGGGAACACAACGACAUGGGAUGGGCAUUCGCCGUUGGAGUGGUGGGAGUGUUUGCCCUUUUCCCGGCAGGAAUUCUGUUCAUCGUGGAAGCACGGAGGGCGACCUAUCGGCGGUUGAACAACAUUGCGAAUUCGGAAAUGGCUGCCUACACCAUGGAUGAACGAAAGUACCGUGGAGGACACACGGAUAUCUGAACGCUUUAGGCUAGGCUUGUAUAGUAAGCAGUUAUGGAGUCCAAUUUUUUUUAACCACUAGACUUAGCGCAUUCGUAAUCUCUUGCAAGACGGUAUCAAUUAUCGCUCGGACUAAUUUAAUAGGCUAGGAUUCUACGAGAAGGCUUCACAUUCCGUCCAACCCGCGAACAGCGGACCGCAUGUCUAAGAUAGGAGUGCAUUUACUCAGAAACGAAUAUUAUUAAAAGAAUGAAGAUUUUUACGAAAAUAAAAGUU